AUGCAGCCGAGCGGCCGUGAGAUCGCCGGCGGCGAGGGCGGGGGCGUGGCGCAGCAGGCGGACGACUUCUUCGACCAGAUGCUGUCCACGCUGCCCUCCGCGUGGGCUGACCUGGGCGCCGGUGGCAAGUCGCCCUGGGAACUCACCGCGACCGCGGGCGCCGGCGCCGGCGCGGCCGAGGACCCCGCCGCGCAGAACCACUUCGGCGACGAGUCGGCGCUGCUCGCGUCCCGCCUCCGGCAGCACCAGAUCAGCGGCGGGGACAUCAAGUCCUCCGCCUCCCCGGUCAUGCUGCAGCUCAGCGACCUGCACCGCCACGGCGGCAUGGGGGGCGAGGACAGCGGGGGCAACGGGUUCUCCCCGCUGCCGCUCUUCACGGACCGGUCCGCCGCGCCAGCGCGGGAGGAGAUGGAGGGCGGCUUCAAGUCGCCCAACUCCGCCGGAGGUGAUCACUCCUUGUUCAACGGGUUUGGGAUGCACGGCGCGGCCUCCGUGCAGCCACAAUUUGGCCAGAGUGCAUCAAUGUCGCCGCAGAGCCUGGGAGGGCCUGCGGCGAGCGGCGGCGCACCCCCAGCUGGCGGGGCAGCUUCAUCGGCCGGGGGCGGGGCGGCACCCCCGCGGCAGCAGCGGCAGCGGGCGAGGAGAGGGCAGGCCACUGACCCCCACAGCAUAGCGGAACGUCUUCGAAGGGAGAGGAUCGCGGAGCGGAUGAAGUCGCUGCAGGAGCUGGUCCCGAACGCCAACAAGACGGACAAGGCGUCGAUGCUGGACGAGAUCAUCGACUACGUGAAGUUCCUGCAGCUACAAGUCAAGGUUCUCAGCAUGAGCCGGCUGGGAGGAGCCGCUGGCAUGGCGCCUCUGGUUGCAAGCAUGGCUUCAUCUGAGGGCAACAGCAAUGGAAGCGGCGGCGGCAACAAUAGCGGCGGAAAAGGCGGCGUCGGUGCUGGUGCUACCACCAUGAGCGGCAGCGGCGAAAACGGCAACGGCGGCGGGGUGCGGGUGACGGAGCAUCAGGUGGCGAAGAUGAUGGAGGAGGACAUGGGCACGGCCAUGCAGUACCUGCAGGGCAAGGGCCUGUGCCUGAUGCCCAUCUCCCUGGCGUCCGCCAUCUCCUCCGCCACCUCGUCCGCGUCGCUCCUCUCCCGCCCGCCCGCCGUCGGCCGCCACGCUGUUGCCGCCACAGCCGGCCAGAUUCACGACGCCAACGGCGGCGCUGCCGCGGCGACGACGUCGGCUAACAGUGCCGGAGGAGGAGGAGGAGGCGAUGACUCACGGUCCGCCAAGGACGGCGGCGGGAAACUAGCAGUGAGGUUGCCUGCCUGA